AUGGUGCGCAUCAGGGAGAUUCCUCGAACGGCCACGUUCGCCUGGUCCCCCGGCGCCCAGGUUCCUCUCUUAGCUACCGGAACCCGAGCCGGAGCUGUCGACUUUGAUUUCUCCAACGAGACCAACCUAGAGCUGUGGGAUCUGGGACUGAACAACAAGACCGCCGACAGUGGCUCCGACUUGCAGCCCCUGGUCAAAAUUCCUACCGAGUCAGGCUUCAAUGAUAUUGCCUGGGCUCCGUACGAUGACAACAAUCGGGGGAUUAUUGCUGGCGCCCUGGAUAAUGGGUCGCUCAAGCUCUGGGAUGCCGACAAAUUGCUGAGUGGCGCUAGUGAAUCCUUGACCGCAUCGCCACAGAAACAUACUGGCGCCAUCAAGUCCCUGCAAUUCAACCCGAAGCACUCGAACCUUCUCGCUACCGGUGGAGCAAAAGGAGAGCUAUUCAUUACCGAUUUGAACAAUGUCGAGAGCCCUUUCCGCCUCGGAAACACAGCCGCGCGCGCCGACGAUAUCGAGUGCCUGGACUGGAACAAAAAGGUUCCGCACAUUCUUGUGACCGGUUCUAGCGCAGGCUUCGUAACCGUUUGGGACGUCAAGACGAAGAAGGAGAGCUUGACAUUAAACAACAUGGGACGGAAGCCCGUCAGCGCUGUGGCUUGGGACCCGGAAAAGCCUACGAAACUUGUCACCUCGAUCCCAUUGGAGUCGGACCCUGUCAUUUUGGUUUGGGAUCUUCGAAACUCUCACGCCCCUGAACGAGUUCUCCGAGGACACGAAUCGGGAGUCUUGUCUCUGGCAUGGUGCGCCCAAGACCCUGACCUUCUUCUGUCCUCUGGUAAGGACAACCGAACGAUUUGCUGGAACCCACAGACCGGCGAGAACUACGGGGAAUUCCCCAUUGUCACAAACUGGACUUUCCAGACACGCUGGAACCCCCACAACCCCAAUUUCUUCGCUACCGCGUCUUUCGAUGGCAGAAUCUCUGUCCAGACUAUCCAGAAUACCAGCAAGGAAGCUGCCCAGGACACGACCACUCAGAAUCAAGCGUUGGAUGGGGAGGACUUUUUCGCCAAAGCACAAACCCAACCUCAGGCCUCGACAUUCUCAUUGUCCAAGACACCAAAGUGGCUUGAAAGACCAGUGUCUGCAUCAUUUGGCUUCGGCGGCAGAGUUGUAUCGGUUGCGUUGAACGACACAACACAACGCUCCUCCAAGAUUAGGAUUACACCUUUCCAGAUUGACUCGGCCGUGGGCAGUGCUACAGAACAAUUUGAAAAGGACCUCCAGCAAGGAAAUCUCAAAAACAUCUGUGAAAACCGUAUCGACAAUGCCUCAUCGGAGGAAGAGAAGUCUGACUGGAAGGUCAUUGAGACACUGCUUUCAGAAAACCCUCGCAAGGGUCUCGCUGCAUACCUAGGUUUCGAUGAUGCGACAGACGAGGCCGCAGACGGGCUAGCGAAGCUGGAUCUGAAGGAGGAAACGAAUGGAGAAGCUAGCAAGCCAGCCCCCGACUCCAAGAAGAAGAAGCAUAAGCGUCUCCAGUCUAUCUUCGACACCUCGGGCGAAUCCGACGUCUUCUUAACCGACCUUGCCGCUUCCAAAGGCGCCCGGACCAACGACCCAUUCAAUAUCUUCACCGGUAGCGAGUCCGAGUCUGACAAGAAGAUCACGAGAUCGCUCCUGCUGGGCCAAUUCGAGCGUGCUGUGGACAUUGCUCUCCAGGAAGACCGAUUGUCCGAUGCCUUCAUGAUCGCUGUCUGCGGUGGUGAUAAAUGCGUCGAGAAAGUACAGGAAGCCUACUUCUCCAAGCAGAACGGUGGACCAAACUAUAUCCGUCUCCUUGCAUCAAUUGUCGGAAAGAACCUGUGGGAUGUUGUUCACAACGCCGAUUUGUCCAACUGGAAAGAGGUCAUGGCGACUUUGUGCACAUUCGCCGACGAAAAGGAGUUCCCUGAUCUUUGCGAGGCACUUGGUGAUAGACUAGAGGAGCAGUACCAGGGCACCUCUGACAAGGCCGUCCGCAAGGAUGCCUCCUUCUGUUAUCUAGCAGGUUCCAAGCUGGAGAAGGUUGUUGGUAUCUGGCUCGACGAAUUCAAGGCAAACGAGGAGCAAGGCAUCGACGAGGCUGAGGAAGGCUCGACAUUCUCGGUUCAUGUGCGCGCCUUGCAGGGAUUCAUUGAGAAGGUGACCAUUUUCCGUCAGGUCACAAACUACCAGGACGUCGACCGACAGAAAGAGGCGGACUGGAAGCUCAGUGUACUCUAUGACAAGUAUGUUGAGUACGCCGACGUUGCAGCGACACACGGUCGUCUUGAUGUUGCGGACCGAUACCUCAGCCUUGUGCCGGAAAAGCACGACGAAGCAGAGGUCGCAAGAAACCGCAUUAGACUGGCUACAAGAAAGGCUCCUUCUGUCAAGACUUCUGCCCACGUCCCUCAAGCACGAGCUCCCUCGGUGCCACAGCCCUCUCUUUUCCAACCUCCUCAGCCCACUUUCAGCCCGACACCGCCUGUUAACAACCUGUAUGCUCCACCAGCAAACAUUUCUUCGCCAGCUGCGCCUCCUCAGCCUGCCAAUCCUUAUGCUUCGUUCGGAGCUGCCCCUAAUCCUUAUCAGCCAACUGGUGGCUACCAGCCUUCUCAACAGACGAAGCCAGCUGUUGGUCCCCCUCCGCAGCAAUUUGGAGCUCCUCCGUCGUCUGGGCCUGGAGGAGUGCCGCCACCGCCUAGGGGAUAUAACCAGUCUCCUUCUGGACCGCAAGUGUCAACAUACACAACCAGAACUGAUCUCCCCGCCUGGAAUGACUUGCCGGAAGGAUUUGCAGCCCAGAAACAGACGUCUAGACGAGGCACCCCAGCUGCGAUGGCUUCUCCGUUCCCUGGCCAGCAGAAUCCCGUCGGACCUCCAACUUCUCCUCCAGUUGGGCCUCCUGUCGCUGCUCAGAGAGCUCCUCCACCCCCUCCACCAAAGGCUGGCAGCGUGCCAACGGCCCCUAUCGUCUCUCCUCCGGUAGGAGGACCGCCGAGACCUCCCUCUGUGACAUCUAACCCCCCUGGCGCCAUCAAUCCAUAUGCGCCUGCAGCAACUCAGCCACCUCCUACCGUGCCUGGACUGGCUAUGCCUCCACCAAUUCCUCGAGGUCCUUCUCCUUACAAUGCGCCCCCCUCGGGCCCGCCGCCAACCAACCGUUAUGCGCCUAACCCUGCUGCUCAGCCGGCUGCACCUCAAAUGCCACCACCUUCAGGUCCAUACGCAGCCCAACAGCCUGCAGCAGCAGUUCCUAAUCCAUAUGCUCCAAUUGCUGGUGCUGUUCCUCCACCACCGGGUGGACCCCCCCAGGCUGGACCUCCUCCCGGUGGACCGCCUCCAGCAGCAGGAUCUCGACCCGGAACGGCGCAGUCGCAGCAGAAAGCAGCUCCUCCGCCACCCAAGUACCCUCCCGGUGACCGGUCCCAUAUCCCCGCUGAUGCAGCUCCCAUUUAUGAGUACCUCUCAAGUGAUAUGCAGCGGGUGAAAUCGCGUGCGCCCUCUUCAUUCAAGGCACAAGUGGACGACGCCGAGCGACGACUGAAUAUUCUAUUCGACCACCUCAACAAUGAAGAUCUGUUGAAGCCGAACACAGUAGCGGACAUGGUCGAGCUGUCGAAGGCUCUACAGGGUAGAGACUAUGAAACGGCCAAGAAUAUCCAUCUAGAUAUUCUAACUAACCGAACCGACGAGUGCGGAAACUGGAUGGUUGGUGUGAAGCGGCUGAUCAGCAUGAGCCGAGCGACUCCGUGA